UAGUCCCGGGCAUGACGUUAAACUGCGUCCACAGACCGAGUGGUCCCCUUCUACCAAGAGCCAACAGCCUCUUCGGAGGGUGGAUGAGCUGGUGGAGGUCCAGGGCACCCUCAUGCCCUUGGAGUGAGAAAUCACCCCUAAAGGCGGAUGAACCCGGAUGGGUCAACGGCAUAGGAUGCGGAAGGCAAGGGGAAUCCACCGCAUUAAAGAUCCUCAGGAUUUCCCAAGUAUCAGCAGCUCAAGAGCUGCUGCCAACCAAUCCUAGGAUUGAUUACAACAGAAGAAGAAGUCUGCUUACCAGGGUUUCAGAGGUCCUUGCUGCCUCCGUCAUCACUGCCCUAAAAGCCAGAAGAAAAUCAUCCUCGAAUGGAUCUCUGCUGGAAACCGAUAGAACAAGCAGCGAAAUUGUAAAAUUUGACCUCCGGAGUGUCCAUGAGCAAUUAUAUUUCCUACAAACCUUCAGCUUGACCGUCACUGGCAGCCGACCGUGAGGGUGUAACAACGAUAUAAAGAUACCAUGAUGGCGUGACCUCUUGACAUCAAGUUAUAUGCCGGAAAUUUUGUAGUGUCCUGCAAGUUCUGACGUAAGGUAAUACCUGUAUAAUUAAUGUUUUCAAGGAUCGCAUCCCCUUUGC